UGCCGGCGGCGCCCUGGGCGGUAUGCGGGCGGCGGCGGCUGCUCGCUGCUCACGGACGCCGUGUGGCGGCGCUCCGGACGCCGCCCGCCCCCGAGCCAGACCCGCCGAGCGCCGACUCCGUGCGGCGCACAAGGGUCCGUGAGCUCCGACCGGCACCAUCACAGAGUCGCCAUGAACGUCCAGUCGGCACCGCAGGGCAAUAACAUCCAGGUGCAGGGUCUGCAAGGAGGAGUGGCCGGUCGCUGCUCCAACUGCCAGAACGGGGUGCUGACCGAUUCGUUCACGCCGUGCGGCAUCGUGCUGGCCAUCUGCUUCUUUCCGCUGGGCCUGCUCUGCUGCUGGAUGAUGCGGGAGAAACAGUGCAACAUGUGCGGCGCCAAGCCGGCCAUGCAGCCGUAGAGCGGUCGGCGGUCGGCGGCGGUCCGGUCGGCCGGCAGUCGGCGGUCCGGUCGGCGGUCGGUGGCGGUCCGGUCGGCGGUCCGGUCGGCGGUCGGUGGCGGUCCGGUCGGCGGUCGGCAGCUGAGGGGACAGAGGGAGUGCCGGGGCCGGUUCGGCGCUGCGGUUGGAGGGGCUCUGUGAGAUGAGCUGCGUGGCCGAGGCGGGCUCCGACCGGCUGACUCUGUCCCCCCGCCAUCAGCGGCGGCGGCGCAGCGGUGCUGAGAUGCCGCCAGCGACCAGCGCAGCGGGCCACAGACUGGGUGUUCAGUGAGCUGGCGAGGUGUUCCGGGCCACGGUGUCUGCAGCGGUGUUCAGUGUUCAUGCCAGUAUCGGCUGCCUUAGCGUCAGUGCCGUGCAUCGCUUCAUCGUUUUUUAUCUCCCAGACAUGCCUCCCAGUCGCCGCUACUGAUUCGUCCAUUGCUUCUGGACGGCGCGCGUUUCUAUCUAUGGAUCGUGUGAGUGACUGUCAUUGUCAUUGAUAACUGGUCCUCAUUUUUUCCGUGGAGGAGUGCUAAGGUUCUUCUUUGCACAGCAUCCCAAUGCAGUGCCGGACACCCCUUUUCUGAUAUAUUCCUUCAUUUUAAUUUUUACUAAGUGCAGAACAACCGCGAACUGACGCUGUCUGUAAUUGUACACUGGCGGAUCCUGGGGGGGGUCCACGGGGUCAUGACCCCCCCCAAAAGGUCUGAGAGGGUCAUUUGACCCCCCCCAAAAGCCGAAGACCUAAAUGCGCUAUAGACGCCGUCUUGCAUGCUCAAAAUCACCUGUCAAACACUUCUGAGCUAAUACCUUUGUUUUUCUGGAUCGUGUUGCGUGAAAAGGCGUAUUGAAGACCAGAAUCUUACUCGUUUUUGUCUCAACCGUGCGAGCACCAGGGGAUGAUCCAGGAAAACUCCAAGGGGAUGGUCAUGAAUUUAAUUCGUGGUGCCCCUACCUAUACGCAAAAUUAAAAACUCAACGGAUUUCGGUCACUUAAUUUUGGUGAUGUCCUAUUUUCAUUUUUUAUUUUGUUUGUUUUAUUUUUAGUGCCCCUGGGCCCUGGCAGGUCAAAAUCACGUCUGAGGCGAAAGAAAUUCACGGGAAUCCCAAAAAUCACGUCAGGACAUUCAGGGCCCUCUGACCAGCCUGACAGCUAGGGCCCUUCUUACUUCCUGGGGCCUCCAGUGAAUAACCGCUAGUGUCUGUGUCUGACCGCUAGGGCCCCUCUGACUCCUCAGUAGGUAGGAGGCCCUCUGUAGAGGAGGUCCUCUGUAGAAAGGAGGCCCUCAGUAGAGAGGAGGCCCCCUGUAGAGAGGAGACCCCUUUAAAGAGGAGGCCCUCUGUAGAGAGGAGACCUGCUGUAGAGAGAAGGCUCUAUGUAGAGAGGAGGCCCUGUGUAGAGAGGAGGCCCUCUGUGGAAAGGAGACCGCCUGAAUGCAGAAGGCCCUCUGAAGAGUGGAGACCCGCUGUAGAGAAGAGGCCCUCUGAAGAAAGGAGGCCCUCUGUAGAGAAGAGGCCCUCUGAAGAGAGGAGGCCCUUUGCAGAGAUGAGGUCCUCUGGCUCUUUGAAGAGAGGAGGCCCUCUGUAAAGGAGGCCCUCUUAAAGGGAGAGACCCUCAGUAGAGAGGAAGCCCUCUGUAGAGAGGAGGCCCUGUAGCUUCUGUAGUUAAGAGGCCCUGUGAAAAGAGGAGGCCCGCAGUAGAGAUCGGUGGUCCUCUGUAGAGAGGAGGCCCCCUCUGUGUUUUGACAAAUGUUUUUGCAAAUUUUUCGCGGCGCUUCGCGCCGCCGAUUUAUGUACAUACGUACAGGUCAAUACGAAAUCUUGACUGUAAUUACAUAAACCAACCGUGUCAAAUUGAAUCAGAAUUCAUAUGUGUGCUGUAAAGGAACUCCGGCUUGUACUGCAAUGCUAAAAGGGUGGUAAAAUUUGUGUUUUGGAGCUGUGUUUCGACACAUUCUUUUGCAAAUUUUCUCGGCGCUUCGCGCCGCCGAUUUAUACACCAAUCAAUAAGAGAGAAAUAACAGUGACUGUAAUAACACCAACCGUGUCAAAUUGAAUCGGAAUUCAUAUGUGUACUGUGAAGGAACUCCGGCUUGUACUAGCAUGCUAAAAAGGUUGUAAUAUUUGUGUUUUAGAGCUGUGUUUUGACAACUUUUUUUUGCAAAUUUUUGCGGCGCUUCGCGCCGCCGAUUCAUACACAGGUCAAUAAGAGAGAUCGUGACUGUAUGCUACUAUUUACUAAUGCAUUAGGCUAAAAGUGAGGUAACUAUAUCUACUUCUGGGUUUUUAAGUCGGUCGACCCGCCUCCCCCCCCCCCCCAGUAAAAAAUCCGUGGCGACGCUCCUAUAUAGGUGGGUUUCACUAACUAAAACUACUGAGCCGAGUGACUUACGAUAAAACUUCAUCUUAUAAACGACGAAGAUCAAAUGUCAUUUUUUGAUCUCGACAUACUCGCUCCCUACCCCCCCCCCCCCCCGGUCGUCAGAAUUCAUUCACCAGACCUGGUAUGUCGGCCGACUGGUGACCCCCCCCAAAACGACCCCCUAGAUCCGCCCUUGUAAUUGUAUAGGUACCGACCGCAAAUACCAGCAAGGCCCUGUACUUUUCUAUUCGUUUGUUAGCCUACAUAUCUCACUCUCCAUCUGUGUGACAUUACCGCAGAUUUUAGAUCGGAUUUUGCACAGCUGUUUGUGUUUGUUCGUUCACAAGCGUUUUAGUGUGUGUGUGUGUUGUAUGGACGAGCCAGUAAGCCGCUGGAAGGUUCCCUACAUGAUAUGACUAUAGCCAUUUAAAAUAACGUAGGUAAUACCGAUCGCAAAAAAUCGUGUCACAAAAUUUGGUGCUCGUGUUUGCUAGCUGGUUUUUGUAGGUAUGUAUUACAUGAUACAGAAGUGCACAUUUUGUUCAAUAAUGUAGUAAAAUUUUGGCGGGCCGGGCCAUUAAAACGUCUCUGAUGCGUAAGUACCCAACCCUUAGCAUUCCCAUUUCGGCCGUGCGCCCGCCACUCGAGCUUCGAUUGCCAAUCUCUUGCAUGUGAAGUGCCGGUGGCCGUGAAUCGUUUACGCUUCUGUCACGUAUUUUAAUAUAGACUUCGUUUAUUUCCUAGAA